AUGGAUUAGCAUAAACAUUAGACUGAAAUCUUAGAAAACAGAGGAACAAUAUUUGAGCAAUAUUACAACUACUCAUCAAUGCCAUAUAAUAAAGAAAAACUAUUCAAAAAAGCAGAGAAGAGAUUAAUUGGUUUAAAUACAAAGAUGUGA